UAGCUACGAGUUAGUGGUGUAGUGUUGCAGUGGAAAGUCCAGUCAGGUCAGAAGGCAUACUGUUUACAGCGGAUAGCCACCUCUCAGUCAAUUUAGGGACAUUUAGGUAAUCAUGCUGCACCAAUGCAUGCCAUUCGAAGAUACUUUUUGUGCAUUUUAAAAGCACUAACUCUCUUCACUAACUCGCUGCACUAACUCGCUUCUUAGAACAGUUCACAGCACCACAUCGAACAUUGGCCAAGUUUUAACACAGAUAAAGGGAAGUCUAGUCGAAUAUCAUCACGUGCACGGAGAUCAUGUACUGUUGCUCUUCCAAGAGCCACACCAGUAAACUAGCCUCAAGGAUUCUGUAACUAAAUUUAGCUCGCAAGGGAUGGAAACCAAUUUACUGAGGAUAAUGCGAGUACAGUUGUCUAGCUGACGUUACUUGGAUUGGCAGUAUCAACAUAAUACGCUGGAGGAAAUCUUUAUAUAGACCCAUAUUACUUAGAUUUUAAUGAGUUUAAGCUAAUGUUGGGAUACUAGUGGAAAUGCAUAUGCAUUGUCAUUAAUUAGAAAGUUUACUAGCUAUUAUCUCAGAAAACAAAUACAAUAGGACAGGAGAUGUUGACAAACAGGCAUUACUCUGUCACUUAAGACAUUUGAUGACAACGUUAUUGUGCAAGCUAUCACUUCCUGGUAGGACUGGAAACACAAGCCUUAAAAAAUAUAUACUCUUUACUUUUGUAUUGAUUUGCUUGUUGUUGGUAUUGCUAUGUAGUUACACUUUGUCUUAUUACCGAAGGAAAAUAACACAGUAGAUAUUACACAGUCAGUGGUGCCUGAAUUUCAUGUAUUUUGCUUUGAGAUAGCACACAAUUUAAAGUCCCCCACCAGCAAUUUUUUUUUUUUAUUAUUAUUUUUUUUUAAUAACUUUUCCUGUCACGCUAGAUAGUUCGAACACUGUUUAAAUUUGCUGGGGGCGCUGUUUCAAUGGUCUACUGUAAGAUACUUGAAGAUUGCCUAUGAAAACAUGAGGAAUAUGCUCAGAGCGCUCUCUGAAAGUAAUAAGCUCCCCACUAGCUGACGUGAGGAGUUGUAACUUUUGGACAUAUCUGACAAGACAGUAGCACCCUGUACAAAGAAACUUGAAGAGAAAAGGAGAUGGUCACCCUGCUGUGACAUCAUUGGACUGGAGGAGAGGACACGCUCGAGUCGUCUGCAGCCAUGAGUCUCCGCCCCCCCACAUCAACACUGGACAGGCUCAGCAGCCUGACGAUAGGAGACUCAGAGCGCAAGACCUCCAGCGGCCAGCAGAGGGAGCCUCUGGCUGACUUCCCCACUGAGAGCACAGGUCAAGGUCUGGUUCAGAGAUGUGUGGUUGUACAGAAGGACCAGCUAGGGUUCGGCUUCACUGUGUGUGGCGAGAGGAUCAAGCUGGUGCAGAAUGUUCGACCAGGUGGCGCAGCGGUCAAGGCAGGGGUCCACGAGGGAGACAGAAUCAUAAAGGUCAAUGGCUCGCUGGUGUCGUCCAUGUCUCAUCAGGAAGUGGUGAAGCUCAUCAAGUCUGGGACAUAUGUUGCUCUGACUCUUCAAGGACCGCCCCCUUCAGCAACUGCCCUCCCCCUACAUCCCCUCACCACUGACCUCUUACCCAAUCAGCGGACGUCACUGGGAGGAGAAGCCCCGCCUCCACCACCUCCACCACUCUCCCCCGGACUGACCAGCACCCCCCCCCAAAGGAUCACCAAACCACUACAGAACCUAGACGUACAGAAACACGCCACUCAGAUCCUCAGGAACAUGCUGGAACAGGGAGAGGCUGAGCUUCAGGACUUGAUGGAGGAGCUGUUACUGAACCCCUCCCCAUCCCUGGAGGAGCGAAUCGAAAGUGCCAAGCGGCGGGCCCAACAAGUCAGGGUUAAAAUCCAGCAAGAUCUGGAUGGAACUCGAUUGGACGCUGUGACCAGCUAUGUAGUAGCAGGAGAAGGUCGGUUGUCGGGGGAUUCAAGUGAAGGAGACUUUGAGGCCUGUGAGAGCCCCCACUCCUCCCCCUCCACCUCCUCCUUCAGGACCCCCCUCUACCGGAGACAGGGCUCCGACACACACACCUUCUCCGACUCGGCUGGGAAGGCCCAGAUCAUUGGCCCAGAGGAAGAGGAGGAAGAGGACGACAGCUAUCCGCUCAAUGACAUGGACGGCCCGUUUCAGGACAUAGAACUUCUCAAGUCGCGACCGGCCCACAUGACCGUGUUCAUGAGAUACCUCUUCAGCCAGCUACUGGAUCCCAACCCGCUGCUGUUCUACCUGUCGGUGGAGGCCUACCUGGGCUCCAGCCCUAAAGACGCCCGUGCCCUCGCCCCACAGAUCUGCUCCCACUUCCUGGACCCUGAUGCUCCGUUGAAAAUCAGAGUACGAGAAGAAUACCUGUCCGAUAUAGAGAGUCGUCUCCACGCCCAGGAGGACAUCAGGGGACCUCUUUCUGAGCUCCAACAGCAGGUGCUGCCUGACAUUCAGGACCAAAUACAGGAUUACAGGAGUAAGCAGAUGAUGGGUCUGGGUUCUCUGUUUGGAGAGGGAGACCUGCAGCAGCUGGAUGGAGACCCAGCCAAGGAGAGACUAGUGGUGGACAGACAGGUCACUGCUCUCUGGGAAAUACUCUCGAAGCACGAAGAGGAGAGCAGUUCUCGUCUAGCCUCUGCGGUGCUGCUGUACCUCCGUCACUCAGGCAUAAAGCUGAGGGACUCCAGGGUGUUCCCAGGUCUCAGCACUGAGAAGGAGAAGUGGCUCGCCUUCUUUCCCAAGACCAAGAAGCUGAGCAGUUCAAAGAAAGAGAAGGAUGGAGAGGACAGGAAGAGAAACCCCAUCCUGAAGUAUAUCGGCAAGCCCAGGAGCACCUCUCAGUCCACGUUCCAUGUCCCUUUGUCUCCCACUGAAGUGCGUCCGGGCAGUGUGAGGAACAUCAUCCAGCAGUUUGAGAACCACACAGAGAUCCCCGGGGAGGAGGGGGCCGAGGGAGACCCUCCGAGACUGUCCUCCAGCAGCCUGGGAGAGGACAGCAUGGACAGCCCCACGGUGUCGAUGCGUCUGGCUCGUAGUGAGUCUCUGAAGGCGCAGGGGGAGGGGCGUCGGCGGGGCGGGUCCUCAGGGGCGGAGACAGUCCCUCGGUCCCGUAGCGACGUGGACAUGGAGGACUGUGGAGAGGAGAGUGAAGGGCCGGGCCUGAGACCCUUACACCACAGCACCUCCUCUGCCUCCAGCAGCUCAGCACGAUCUUGCGAGAACCCCACCCCUCCGUACACCCCUCGGUCUUCCAGAAGAAAGAGUAUGGAGUUCCCGGUGGCCUUGCUCCCUGACGCCCCAGCCCUAGAGGAGGACGUGGUGGACAGUCACAACUGGCAAGAGACGGUGGCCCCGCAGGUCCUGGCUACUCUCUGUCCCCGAGAGGUGGACAGACAGGCUGUCAUCUACGAGUUGCUGACGACGGAGGCGUCUCACCUGCGUACACUCAGGGUGUUGGAUCAGGUGUUCUUCCAGAAGAUGAGGUGUGUUCUGAGCUCUGACGAGCUGGCCUGCAUCUUCCCCAACCUGCCUCAGGUCUACGAGCUCCACGCGAGUCUGUGCGAAGCCAUGAAGAAGAGAAGAGAAUCUCCCAUCGUUCAGGGCAUCGGCGACAUCAUGCUGGCCAGGUUUGAGGGCGUGGCGGGGGAGGAGUUUCAGGAGCAGGCGUCCCACCUGUGCAGUCAGCAGUCUCAGGCCCUGGAGCUCAUCAAGAACAAACAGCGCAAAGACCCCCGCUUCGCACACAUCAUCCAGGAGUGCGAGGCCAGUCCUCACUGUAGGAGGCUGCAGCUGAAGGAUCUGCUGGUGUCUGAGACGCAGAGGCUCACCAAGUACCCUCUGCUACUGGACAACAUCCUCAAACACACAGAGGCCGGUUCCACAGACCUCCCUCCUCUCCAACAGGCUCAAGCCUGUUGCCGGGGGAUACUGCAGGCCGUCAACGAGGUUGUCAGGGAGACGGAACACCGGCAGCGGCUCAACCAAUACCAGCGCAGGUUGGACCCCACGCCACAGUUCAAGAGUCUGGACCUGACCAGUAAGAGAAUGAUCCAUGAGGGUCCUCUCACCUGGAAAGUCAGUAAAGACAAAACCUUGGAGAUCCAGGCGCUGCUGUUGUCAGACCUUCUGGUGUUGCUCCAGAGAGGUCCAGACGACCGGCUGCUGCUGCGCUGCCCGUCCCGCUUGCUGGGGGGAGGUGGUGGGGGUAGCGGGGAUACCAAGGCCUCCUUCAGCCCCGUAGUCCAGCUAGACUCACUGCUGGUGCGCUCUGUGGCCACAGACAACAAGGCCCUGUACGUCAUUAGCACAACAGAGCAACAGAUAUACGAGCUGGUAGCAGGGACGUCCUCAGAGAAAAACAUCUGGAAGGACCAACUUGAAAAGACCAUCUCAUUGGCUGCUGGCUCCUCACCUUCGACCAAUAACAGAUCCACACCUAUUUCCUCCCCGAGUCUUGGUAAUGCUUCCCCUGUCUCAACUGGCAGCCAUGUCUACCAAUCAGACGACUCGAUGGCGGAGCAGGCAGUUUCAAUGGGGACAAACUCUCCUAAUGAUGAGGACAACGAGCUCACGCCCACCACACCAACGGCGCAAUCAGGGUCUUUCCUCCACAGUGAGGGGCGGGACUACGUCAAGAGGCAAAUUGGAGUGGCUGAGGCUGCUCUUGAAGACGUGGAGAUGCUAAAGCAGCUGAUUUUCCACAACUUUGAGGAAGUUGGGUGGAGUCACGACUCGGACGGAACGCCCACAAACGAGACAGCCAAUGAGAGGAGCCCGCUCAAUGACAGACGGAGACCGGCGUCCUCUGAGACUCUCCUCAGUGCCAGUCCCAGCCAAUUGGAGGCUGAGGAUUCAGAAGCCCCGCCCUCGGAGGUGGGGUCCCCCAGUGUACAUGUUGUGAGGAAAGGAAACGUGUUCUACCUGGUGAUGCCUACAGAGCAGGGAGACGGACUGCUGGAUGAGAGUCACACAGAUGAGGUCAUUGAUCCCCCCACCCUGACCUCCACUGAACUUCCUGAUCUGGACCAGGAAGUGAUGUCAUCAAACAUACAGCAUCAUGAGGAAGAAGGGCAGGUCUCUUCCACCCUGUCUGCGGGCGACCAAUCGGAGCCAGGGAAUCCGAGGCGGGAGGUAGGGCUUGGCCAAUCACAAAAGGUCCUCCAGAGCCAUGUGAUCAAACAUGUGGAUGAGAUUUUCCACACAAUCGAGGAGCUGAUGAGCAAGCUGCACCAGCUGAGGGACAUCGAGACAGCUCAUCACCAGCUGCUGAAAACACUAAGAGAGCCGCCUGUCAAUCAGGAGUCAGAUGACCUCCCUCGCAACCAGCAAACCGUCGUCAGGACGCCGUCUCUGGACCGGGACCCAGGGGAUGCAGAGCCAGCUAAGCCUGAGAUCCUCUCCACUGGAUUCUAAAGAUGUUAUCUCAAAGAGGAAUUCUUAAGACUCACCCCUGCUCUGCCGUAGACAUACGCACACACACACUGAUGGACUGGGACCCCAGCCUUUACCCCCUACCCCCUACCACCCCUAACCCUCAGCCCAAUCCUAGCAUACACUGCUCGUAGGAGCAGGAUCCAGGAAGUACUGUGAUGUCGUUGGUGUUGCCCUGGGAGACCAGGAAGUGAUGCAGGACUGAUGGCCCCGGCCCCCUGACACCCAAGGAUCUGCCCCCAACACGGAUUCAGGGUGAACUCUGACCUCUGUGGAGUCAGAGGGAGUCCAGGGACGAGAGGAUGGACAGAUGAAGGACAAAAAAGGAAGAGACUGAAAAGUAGAGAACAAGUGAUGGAAAUGUGUGAAGAAGCAAAUAGAUCAUAAUGAAAGUGGAGAGUGGGCAGAAUCUAAAUUGGCAAGGAAUAAUGCCAUGGAUGAGAUGUUGGAUGGAAGUAAGGUUGGUUACAUUUGAAGGAGAAGUUAGUAUACUUUGAAAGAAGUAGUGAUGGUUCAAGGGAGAGAGUUGAGAAGUGACAGAUGAACAGGACAAUGUAAGGACCCUAGCGCACUACCCACAAUACAUCAUCUGUCGCGUAUCCAUACUCCACAACGGAUUGCAUUAGUGAGGGACUGGAAACUGGACAGAUCACCGGCUCCAUUGUGAGUCAAAGCUGCACCUUGUUUGAGCCUAGAUGGUAGUUCCUUACUACUGGUUGCUUUACAGUAUGCCUGCCAUGGAGGUCAAUCGAAGAACGGUGUGUGUGUAUGCGUGCACACACACACACACACAAACACUGAACCAAAAUAUAAACGCAACAUGCAACAAUUUCAAAGAUUUUAGUGAGUUACAG